AUGUAUCGUAACACGAAUCCUGGUCUUUCUUCUACCAACCCCGGCCCAUUUAAGCACGAUAAAAAACUUUCUUAUUUCCUGAAAAUAAAUGACGAACGUAUGGCACUCGUUAUGUCUUCUUUGAUCGACAGGGAAGUUGAAGUUAACCUUGAAGAUGGGACGCAAGUCAAGGGAAUAUUUAACUCCUUUGAUCCGGCUAGUAGAGGAGUCAACAAAGCUAUUGACAUAGCAAUUAAUUCGUACGUAACCAAUGGCGUAAGUUUAAAUCCACAUAAUCGUAAACCGCAGACCGAUAAAAGGACGAUGAAGCCAAUGAUCGUAUGCGGAACUGAAUAUCACUUUUUCUCGUCACAUGGAAUCGCUAAAAGUUUGUUUAAGACCAGGGAGCAUAAGCCUCUGUCGGCGAAGAGGAGUCCUACAAAAUUUAAGACUGAUACGGAGAUAUCAUCAUCGAAACAGACCAGCAUAAACCCGGUCUUGACAGAGUGGAGGCCCACCGAAUCCGUCGACGAGUCGCAGUUGGUGGAACUGGACAAGGUCGAAGGGGAACAAUGGGACCAGUUUGAGACGAACAGGAAUGAAUACGGAGUGGUGUCCACCUUUGACGAAAAUAUGUACACAACCUCUCUUGACCUGAACGAGGUACCAGACAGCGUAAAAGAACGCGCCGAGAAGUUGGCCGCGGAGAUCGAAGGCGGCACCGAUACCAAUUACGCGAAGGUCGAGUCACUUCUCGAGGACGAGGAUGCCGUGGAAACGGAGUCUCCAGCAGUUAAGAGCUCAGAAGAGUCGAAAGAAGUAAAGGAGGAAGACCCUAAGGAAGUGAGGGAAAGGCACCAGGAGUCUUCAAAUGGUACUGUACUAAGACUCACAAUGCGCUCAGAUAAACUGGAUACCGAUAGGCAUACUCCGUCAUCUAAGCCGAAGCAGGAGAAGCAAACGCAGCAAAUUGGAGUCAACGCUCUUAACAUUGAGCCCACGAACCUGAAGCCCGACUCUUUCAGAUUCGGAUUCAGCGAAAGGAAGAACAAGUACUCAUUGGAGCAGGAGAAAAAGGAGAAGUUUGAGGCACCACCGCCGGCACCCAAGCCCCACGACAAACAGCUGUACGUUCCCAUCCUGAAGGCGCAUCCUUACAAUCACUUUAGGACCUCCCCACACGGAGACACGAUGAAGCAGGUGCCUGAGCACGCGAAAGAAGCCGCAAGGGAACCCCACAAGGAGCCCUUUACAGUCACUGUAAAGGAAACGCCGAGAGAACACCCCAGGGAGUCUCUGAGGACUUCUCCAAAAGAAGGCCUGAAGGAUGUCCAGAGGGAAUCGGCGAGGGAGUCCCCCAAGGAAACCUUCAAAUUCACAGCCAAGAAGUCGUUUAAGUUUAAUCCGAACGCUUCAACGUUCACGCCAACCCUCGUUACAGCUAAGACGCCCUCAAUGCCCUCGGAUCAGACUCCGCUCUCGAGUCCAGCCAUAAGUCCACUGGCCAUACAGCAGGCUAAAUUCGAGUUCAGGCCCUUCAACCCGAUGAAACGAUUUCCGAGACUCGACUUCAGGAGCGCCAGAACCGUCGAAAGCUCCAGGUUCAGCGACCACGAUGUAUAUGGUUACAAGUGGGAGGUGGACCCCAGCCUAAGCUACCGUGACGUCUUCGGCGACCUGAACCCUCUCUUCGUGCACCAUCACCACGUGCCCAUGAAGCCUCCGAAUCAGAUGGUUCCGCCGGGCCAGCCUGGCCCUGCGAUGAUGCCGCCCGGCGCCCCUAUGAACUACCCGCCCUACCACGUUGGGACGAUGCCAGUCGGAAUGGUGCCGUACGGACCUCAGGUCCACCCGCGGCUCUACAACGGGGUCCCCUACAACCACAUGGGACCCGCACCCAUGCCCAGGAGGGGCCACCCCCCCUUAAACCCCCGCUAUGGCCAUUCCAGUCCUCUGCCCAACGACCAGUACAUGAACACUCGGGCCCACGACCACUACGACGACAAGGCCAAGGGGUAUAUGGGCCACAUGAAGCAUAAGAAGUGA